CCGCUUCGCUACCCCAUAGUUAUAGGCGACCUCACACACGUCCAGUCUGAGUAGCCUUUGGACCACAGCGGCACUUUCUCUCCGACAAAAUAUCAGAUCUCCGCGUAGUGAUGACGACCUCCGUGAGCCUCGGCACCGGUGCAUCUAUGCCCAUAGUGGGUCUGGGCACGUGGAGGGCAUCUGAGGGCCAGGUGGGGCAGGCGGUGCGGGCGGCCAUCUUGUCGGGCUACCGGCACAUUGACGGGGCGUUCGUCUACCAGAACGAGGCGGAGGUGGGGGCGGGGCUAAAGGCCAUGAUGCAGCAGGGCGUGGUCAAGAGGGAGGAGCUUUUCAUCGUCAGCAAGUUGUGGUGUACUUUCCACCAGCGGACUCUUGUGAGGGGCGCGUGUGAGAAGACUCUGCAGGACCUUCAGCUGGACUCCCUGGACCUUUACCUCAUGCACUUCCCCAUCGGAUUCCAGCCUGGAGACGAUCUCUUUCCUCUGGGGACUGACGGCCAAGUCAUCGGAGACGACAGCAACUUCCUGGACACAUGGGAGGCUAUGGAGGAGCUAGUGGACUGUGGACUGGUCAAAGCCAUUGGCGUCUCCAACUUCAACCAGCAGCAGAUUGAGGCCAUCUUGAACAAGCCCGGACUCAAGUACAAGCCUGCCAACAACCAGAUUGAGUGCCAUCCGUACCUGACCCAGGAGAAGCUGAUCAGCUACUGCCACUCAAAAGGCAUCAGUGUGACUGCCUACAGUCCUCUGGGCUCACCAGACAGACCAUGGGCAAAACCAGAUGAGCCAUCACUGCUAGAAGACCCAAAGAUUAAAGCCAUCGCCAGCAAGCACAGCAAGACUUCAGCUCAGGUUCUAAUCCGGUUCCACGUCCAGAGGAAUGUGGCUGUUAUUCCAAAGUCCUCCAACCCCAGCGGAUCAAAGAGAACUUCCAGGUGUUUGACUUUGAGCUCAGUGCAGAGGACAUGAAAAACCAUCGACUUCAACAG